AGUGACAGGCGCGGUACGAACGGAAUACUACUAAGACCGGAUUGCAAAACUAGACCACAACUUCAUAUUAAGCCGAAUACACGUUUCCGUCAUCAGUUAUCCUAAAUUCACGCUUUGUCUCUUCUCGGUUUGUUCGCUCUGAAAGUUUAACUCAUGUAGGUUAAUAUUUUUCCGACAUACUCUUUUCCCUCGCUGUUUAUUUAGUUUAUGUCACGUUGCUAUUGCGCAUGAGUAACUUUUUCGAUACAAAUUCUAUGUGACAUUUGGACCGCUCUGCGAAUUGCUGGUACAAUGGCCGAAGCAGCCCAGCAACAACUGGUAGAAAUCGAUCCGGAUUUCGAGCCACUUUCACGGCCCCGUUCAUGUACGUGGCCAUUGCCGAGACCGGAGUUCACGAACCCGGCCGACUCCAACACAUCCUCCCCGGCUCAGUCGGUCAAGCAGGAACCGACGAAUAAUACAGACUUUAUAAACAGUCUCAGCCUUUUGGAGGAAAAUGAGGACUACACAGAGGAGAAACCUGUUAUCUUGUGCAACGAGUUUCAGUGUCAGGAGAACUGUAUCCACCAACAGACACAGCAGCACCAGCAACAGCAGCAGCAACAGCUCCCGAACUCCCAGCUAGCGCACCAGCAACAGGUGCCCUUACUGUCGUCCCCGGUCGGCUCAACCUCCUCUGUGGCGGCCGCUGCAGCCGCAGCUGCCCAGCGUAAGAGUAGCUCGUCCCGCCGUAAUGCAUGGGGAAAUAUGUCAUAUGCGGACCUCAUCACAAAGGCAAUUGAAAGUUCUCCUGAAAAACGCCUCACCUUGUCACAGAUAUACGACUGGAUGGUGAAAAGCGUCCCUUAUUUCAAGGACAAAGGGGACAGUAACAGCUCUGCUGGCUGGAAGAACUCAAUCAGACACAAUCUGUCCCUACACAGUCGCUUUGUGCGCGUGCAGAAUGAGGGAACAGGAAAGAGUUCGUGGUGGAUGUUGAACCCAGAGGGAGGGAAAAGUGGGAAGUCCCCUCGCCGCCGUGCGGCCUCUAUGGACAACAACAGCAAGUUCGCCAAGAGCCGAGGACGCGCCGCGAAGAAAAAGAUGGCUCUGCAGGGUGGGCCAGACGGGGGUGCUGACAGCCCCGGCUCCCAGUACAGUAAGUGGCCCGGCAGCCCAAACUCCCACAGCAAUGAUGACUUUGACGCGUGGACGGGCUUCCGUCCCCGAACCAGCUCCAAUGCCAGCACGCUGAGCGGCCGCCUCUCGCCCUUCAUGCCCGAGCAGGACGACCUGGGCGACUCCGACGUGCACAUGGUCUACCCCGGGAGUUCUGGAGCAAAGAUGACCGCCACCCUGCCCAGCUUGUCGGAAAUGGCCGGAUCACUGGGCCACCACAGUUCCGAGAACGUGAUGGAGAACCUUCUGGACAACCUCAACCUGCUUUCACCCAAAAACCCACAGGUGGGCUCAGCAGGACCUGGCUCAGGCUCCAGCCAAUCCUCACCUUCGGGGAUGAUGCAGACCAGUCCAGGUUACCCUCCCUACAGCUCUCCCAGCCUGGGCACAGUCAGCCAGGCCCAGCAGGACUACCGCAAGUGCCUAUACGGCCAAGCUAGCAUGGGUAGCCUCUCUCCCAUGCCUAUGCAGCCAGUGCCAGAGAACAAACCUGGCUUUGGUCCCAGCCCAGGUUCUAUGGCCCAGUACAAUUGCCAGGCAGGGCUCCUCAAAGAGCUGCUGACCUCGGACUCUGAGCCACACACGGAGAUGAUGCCUUCAGUGGACACGGUGGUGUCGCAGUCCACCGGCGGGGGCCGAAUGCUACCCCCUUACAGCAGUGGGCGCGGCGAACUCAUGGGAGGCGGUGUAUCUCACAGCCACGCCCUCACACACUCUCAUGCCGUGCACAGCCAGGCUCCUCCCACUUCCGUGGCGAUGAACGGCCGCACGCUGCAUCCUCUCACCAGCAUGAGCCACAGCGGGGCCCCCGGACGCCUCGCCACAGUCAAAUCAUCCAUGCAAAUGCAGUUCGGACCUUCAGGCCAUCUGAGUGGAGGUGGGCUGCCCAGCUACUGCCCCAUCAACACUAACGGUUAUGGCCGACCCGGCAUGCCCUUACCCCAACACCCGGAGAAGCUGCCCAGUGACCUGGAUGGAAUGUCCAUCGAGAGGUUUGAGUGUGACGUUGAGUCCAUCCUCCAUGACACGCUGAUGGAUGGAGACUCACUGGACUUCAACUUUGAGCCAAUGGUGACUCAGCAGGGGUUCCCCCAUGGAGUCAAGACCACCACGCAUGGCUGGGUUUCAGGCUAGAACCGAUGCAGCUGCAGACAAAACACACAUACACUCACAGAAAAAAAAUCUUUAUGCAUCUCAGACCAGAAAGUGGCAAUCCCAAGAAAGCCAUUGUCACUCUCCCAAAGACAACCUCCUCAACUCCUUAUCAACACAGACAUUUCCCUCUUUCUCUCUCAGCGGGAGCCGCUGCGAUCGGAUCACAAGCUGCCAGGGACACUCAUUCAAACUGCAAGACGAUUUUAAAAUGAGAUAAUUCCACUGCCAUUGUAACUCAUGUCAAAACCAAGUGCCAAACCUGUAGCCUUUAGGCCAGAGCCAAACUGAUGUGCAUUACUACAUUCUGAUGCCUUCUUUUUGCCGUUUAAAAACAUUGGUCAAAAUCAGGCUGAAAACCAGCUACUGUGCAAAGAGUACCAAUUUACCAUCUGUGGCACAUACACACACACACACACACACACACAAAAUAUACAAAUACAAAAACAGCAUCUAAUCAAGGUUAUGACUGCAGUUACAUUUUCUUGUGAAUGCAGUUUUUUUUUCUGUGGUUACGUAUUUGAUCUGCCUUUAACACCAGUGCAGUGGUAUCCUAAAUACCUACGCCUUGGAGAGAUAAAAAAAAAAAUUCAUUGGAACUUUUCUCCCCUCUUUCUUUCUUUUUGACCUACUCUUCACCCUGCUCGUAACGUGUGUCAUCCACCUCAGCAGCUGCCUUUAACUCUGCGUUGAGGUUUUUUGGGGGGUUUUUUCUGGUAAUGUAUUUCCGCAGUGCCAAAAUUCGAAUCACUGCUAAGUCACGAAAGUAGUUCUUCGAAAGUUCGGUUGAUGUUAUUUUUUUUUUUUGGGAAGAAAAACUGGAACAGGAGUUGAGUCGAGGUAUCGUAAUGCAAACAUAUCAGGAUGGGGGUUCAUCACGUUAAGAAGACAGCAGGGAGAGUGUGAGGCUAUUUAGAAUACGUUACAUGACACUUUUUCAAUUUUCUUUUCUUUUUUUUUUU